AUGGGUUUUGGCGAUUUCGAUUCGUUAUGCGAGAAGGCUCCUUUGCCGCUCUGCUCCCUGGUGGGUCCACCAUCUUCAAUAUCGGGCUCGACGGGCAUCAUACCAAACUGUUAUGCGCGAAACAUUGAACUGGCCAAUACCAUCAUCUUCGAAGGGGCCUCCUGCUUCCUGCACAUCAUCGCGCUGGGGAUGACCGUGAUUAUGAUUUUGCAUAUCCGGUCCAAGUUCACUGCUGUUGGUCGCAAAGAAAUUAUUACGUUCUUUUACAUUUAUAUGGCUCUGACCCUAUGUUCCCUGAUCCUUGAUGCAGGGGUUGUUCCACCUGGAAGUAGCCCAUUUCCAUACUUUGCAGCAGUGCAAAAUGGGCUGGCGUCGGCGCUAUGCACAUCCCUGCUCAUCAACGGAUUUGUUGGUUUCCAACUCUACGAAGACGGAACAAUCCUUUCAGUCUGGCUUCUUCGGCUUUCUUCCGCGGCGAUGUUUGUCAUCUCUUUCCUUGUCUCUCUCGCGACCUUCAAGUCAUGGGGAGGCCUGGGUCCCACUAACACAGUUGGCAUGUUUGUCGUUCUGUAUAUCCUGAACGCCAUCUGCAUCGCCGUGUAUCUGGUAAUGUCACUGUUACUGGUAAUGAACACCCUUGAGGACCGCUGGCCUCUCGGUCACAUCGCUUUUGGUCUUGUGGUCUUCAUCUGUGGUCAGGUGCUCCUUUACGCAUUCAGUGACACCAUCUGCGAUAGCGUGCAACAUUACAUGGACGGUCUUUUCUUCGCCACGUUCUGUAACCUCUUGGCGGUCAUGAUGGUGUACAAGUUCUGGGACUACAUUACGAAAGAAGAUCUCGAGUUUUCCGUCGGGAUCAAGCCCAACACUUGGGAGGUCAAGGAACUCCUCCCGGAUGAGGAUCGCCGGCAGACAGGUUACUACGCUGAUGCAAAUUCGGAGUAUGCCGGGAGCAUGUAUCAUCAUCGGACGUCGACCUAUCACGGCCAUAACUAG